CGUAGUGACGCAUAUGGCGUCGCGUGUGAGAAUGAAAGUAAAUUUUGUUGUCAGCUAGCUUGUUAUGUUGUGAUUAGUUUCUAAAAACCGAGAAUUAUACAAUGUCCUUGUACGGACCACAGCUUCCUCCGGGCUUCAAGCCUUCCCUCAAAGACGACAAAAGCAGCCAGGACACCUCACCAGUGAUCGGGCCCACACUCCCACCCGGGUUUCGGAUAUCGGACGACACACCGCAGGACGACGACGGUAGCGACGACAGCUCUCCAGAAUGUUACGGACCAUCUCUGCCACCCAGUCAUGCCAUAAUUGGACCAGCGUUGCCCCCAGGAUUCAACUCCGCAGAGCGGGACAAUUUCAUCGGACCCAUUUUGCCACCAGGCAUUGGUGCCACACAAAGUGACGAAGAGGACUCAGACGAUGACCUGGUUGGACCACGACCAUCCGAGGCUGUUUCGGAAGAUUAUGUGGAAGACAUUGCUUCGGAGAUUGACAAGCGGUCGAGAAAAAUGAAACGACAUUUGGAGGGAACGGAUGCAGAAGACGUCGAGCAGAAGCGAGAGUCGUGGAUGACGGAGCUACCGGACAACUUGGGUUCGUGCAUUGGAUUGGGUCCGAGAACCUUCAAGAAACAGAGCGCCGACCCAAAUGUGGACCGGUCUGGUUGGACGGACACACCUGCCGAUAAGGCUAAGAAAGCCAAAGGAGUGGCCGUGGUGAAAGAGCAAAGCUCGUCACUGCGUCGUAGCCAUAAAGAAAGGGAAAAGGACGAACAGCUUUCGAGAGAACUGGAGAAGUACAAUAAACACAAGAGGCCCAUGUCACUCGUAGAAAUGCACAGAAAGAAACGGAAGGAAACAGAAAAACGGAAGAAAGGAGAUAAGCCCGAACGGAAGGAAUUCAACCGGGACGAAGAUCUCAAGAUCAGCCGCAUCGACCCAAAGGCUGCCAAGGCGCUGAUCAACAACACCACCUUCCUCAGGUCAAAGUUUUCCGCUGGAACGUCAAAGUUCCUCUAAGGUGAUGCACGCACACAUCGAGAUGGGAGGUUGUUUUCCAAAUAAAUGUUUAUUUCAUCUCAUUAUAAUCAAAUGUGCAGAUGAAUCGUGUACAAUCGACUUUCAUAAAAAGAGUUAAGUAGGUUUAAUAAAUAUGUGUGCAUUCA